CUAUCAGAUUAUUCCGCAGUAACGUCUUCCCGGAGAAACACGUGCCUCUCGUGUGCCACCAGAGUCGAGCGUAACCCUGUUGGGCAAGUCCGUGUCUACGGUUAGAGUAGCUUUCUACACCCGCGAUCGAGUGUGUGUGUUCGUGGUUAAUCGCCCGGAUCAAGUGAGAGUUGAAAGUGUGGAGUUUUUCGUACCCACACACGACUACUUUUUUUUUUUGAAAAUCGCGGUUUGACAAGUUCAAGUUCAGGAAUCGUAAAACAGGUGACACACUGCAGUCGGUGUUCCGCUGGUUCUGGAUCCUGGUUGAAAGAGUGUCGUGUUUUAUCGUGUUGACUGACGGUUCAUCAUCUGAUAGCCGAAGAUUGAUCGACGGAACACCUUCCCACUUCCCAUAAAUCGGCCGCGUAACAAAAAAACGCGCACAUUUUCGGCAGCAGGAGUCAAGUGCAGUGAAAAAUUGUGUGAAAUAAACCGUACAACCUACUUUUAUUGCAACUUUUUUCUCUCUCCUGUAUCUUUACUGUUCGAGUGCCCAAAGUGAUAUCACUUUCGAGCGUGCCGGAACCGAGUGCGCCAGCUAAGGAACAGCGCGCGCAACGCGGGGGAAAACAGGUCGAACAAAAUAAAGGAUAAUUGGAUUCAAUAAAUCAUCGUUCAGUGCGCGCUACGCUCUGUCCGCUGCCGGACCCGGGGCCCGAGUUGUAUUUUUGUGUUUUGUUUUCGAUUAUUGGAUUGUGCUCCUGCUGAGUGCUGUUUUUGUGGCAACAUUUUUUCGGGUUAUUAUUGUUGUUGUGUUGGAUUUUGGCUGCUCUUGGGGUCGGCCCAAAAGCGGGUUCGUCGCUUCGAGACGCGAACCAGUCUCUUUCGGGUGGCUGUGAAACGGUUCGCGGAGGUGAAGCACGCGCAGGAGAGAACGAGCCGGCGGUUUUUGUGUGGCCAGAACGUGGACAUCACUCACUCAUACUGUUGGCUGGCUGGCCGAUAGCAGGUGACGACUUGCCGGAGAUCGUGACACGGAGCUACGAGGCGGAAUUUUUCUUGGAUACCCGUUGAUUGAAUACUACAAGCUCCCACAAUGAGGAGCUUGCGGUGGGCUCCAGGUGAACUCUGGGACCUACUCCGGAUAUAUUUCCUGCUGGCAGUGCUUGUGUUCAAUGUUGCCGCUCCGGCGAACGAAAUAUGGCCAGUGGAACGACCGGAUGGGAUGCCACAAAUUACCGCCCUGGAAGUGAUGUGCGGUAAGGACCACAUGGAUGUGCAUUUGUCCUUCUCAGCGCCGUUCGAGGGGAUUGUCAGUUCGAAAGGUCAACACAGUGACCCACGUUGCAUCUAUGUUCCACCUUCUACCGGGAAAACGUUUUUCACGUUCCGCAUUUCGUACUCGCGCUGCGGUACCAAACCGGAUCUCAACGGUCAGUUCUACGAGAACACAGUCGUCGUCCAAUAUGACAAGGAUCUGCUCGAAGUUUGGGACGAAGCAAAGCGGUUGCGUUGCGAAUGGUUCAACGACUACGAGAAGACAGCCUCCAAGCCUCCGAUGGUGAUUGCCGAUCUAGACGUGAUCCAGCUGGAUUUCCGAGGUGACAACGUUGACUGCUGGAUGGAGAUUCAACAGGGUAAAGGACCAUGGGCUCCCGCCGUCAGUGGGAUUGUUCCACUGGGAUCGACCAUGACGCUUGUUGUUGCAAUAAACGACUUCCGGGGGGAGUUCGACAUGCGAGUUAAAUCCUGCAUCGCAUCCGAUGGCGCUGGUCACCUCAUUAAACUCUCCGAUGAGUACGGAUGCGUUCUGCGACCGAAGAUGAUCUCCCGCUUCCUCAAGGCACGCGCUCCAGAUGAUAAGGCUUCCGUAAUCACAUACGCCUUCUUCCAUGCGUUCAAAUUCCCUGACGCACUCAGCGUCCACAUCAAGUGUAAGGUAGAAAUCUGUCGCCACGGUUGCUUGGAUCACUGCCAGCACAGUGCCGGUCCCGGUUCCAAACAUCACGAUCUACUCGAGCGAAAGGACACCCUGGACAACCAUCAGAACAGCAAUGACGUUCUGCAGGAUUCCGCCGAAGAAGACACCAGCAUCAACAACCAACAGGACGUAUUCUACGAUGACAUCAUCCACACCGACAAGAACUUCAACCAAUCUCCACCUCCGCCACCACCACCACCAGGCCCAGCCAAAAAACCUCUAAUCCCAAUGAUCCAGAAAAAGAAAGACAGCGGAUAUCUGCAGUACCACCAUCACCAACCGCUCCGGGAUUCUUCAAUCGAUGAGCUCGAAUCGCUCUUCCUCAACGACCACUCGAUGAUGCCAGCCGAGUUGUUGAAAAAACAACCUCCCCAAAUGCAUCAACCACCACCACCUCCACCACCACAAAAACAACCCCUGAAAUCCACCCCAGAAGACGAGAAAUUCCCUCACGGACCGCGUCAGAUGGACGCCGAAAAGCGUAUGGGACUACCGGCCGUCGCCGGUCCCCGUGCCCUCAACCUAGACGCCGACGAUGUCCGGAAUCCAAAGUAUCAGAACGACCUUCCGCACAGUCGUGCCCGUCGCUCGAUCAAAAUCACCGAUCGCAAGAUCCGUUCGGCGGACGUUGGUGUCAGUGGCAUUUACGAGGUAAUCUCGGAAGCCGAUCUGGCCUUCAACCCGGACACCAAACAGGAAGCCGUGACCGUAUUCCAGGGUAAGAUCGCCGAAGAGGUCGUCUACGGUAUCUGCAUGCCAGUCCCCGGCUUCAGUAUCCUAUUCAUCCUGGUCAUCUCGGCCACCAUCAUAUCGGCCCUGAUAGCGGGCUCCCUGCUCUAUCGGUACCAGCUGCAGAAAGAGAUGGCCAAACAACAGCAGCAGCAGGGUGGGGCCACACCGGGCCAUCUACCACCGAACAACUUUGCCACCUGGAUGACGCUGAGACUGUUCCGAUCGAGACAGCAGCAAGCGGCUGCUGCUGCUGCCGCAGCUUCACUGGCCGCGUCCAGCGGGGCACGCAGCUCACUAGACAUCAGCACGACGGCUCAGUGAAAUUGUCUCUGUUAGAAAGGGAAACAGGAAGUUAAAUCAUGACACAAGACCGCAUUUGAUUAGUGUCCGGGGUGUCGAAGUUGUGAAAAUGUCACACAUCACAUUCGCUCUUUCGGGUUCAUUGCAAUAUUUAUUUAAAAACGCACCCAGCAGCUGAUGAAGCAGAAAGAAAGAGAGCGUAAAUCGCAGUGAAGGAAAAAAAGACGCUAGAUUGUAAGCAAAAAAAAACACGAGGGUUGUUCUUGAAAAAAGCAUCGAAGUUAGCGGUGCAUUUUUUUGUUGAUUUUUUUUU